AUGAACACCGAUCUCUUCUUCAAUCCAGCUGCCAGUACACCACCUCCAGAGGCAGAAGGGGCAGGUCAACCACAACAAAGCUUGGAGGAAGAGGUACAGCAAGUUGUUGGCCAGCUUGGCAAGUUCUGGGGCGGGUUCCGCAAGCAGAGCGCAAGUGCGUUUGAUCUUGCUAAGAAGGACUUUACCUCUGUUGUCGGCCAGGCGAGGACGGAGCUGUCAAAGCUCGGACAGGAGGCGUCUCAGCGUAUCUCUCAGGAGCUCAGUCGACCUCCCACAGUGACUACUCCCGAGUCUGCUCUUGAAGAGAAGAGCGAUACCAAUGCGAUUUCUGAGGGUGCAGAAAGUGCCGCUGAAGACAUUGUGCCUGCUGUCAGUGCAUCAGCGUCUGUCGAGUCCACGGCUGCACCCGCUGAAGGCGAAGCAUCCACGUCGACUACAACCCCGCGUUCGCGAGCGGCCACUGCCACGCUCUUCGACCGCCUGCAAGCCUCUCUGCCAUCCAACAUCGCACGCGCCAUCCCACCUACAACCUCUGCGUCCCUCUCAGCGCUUAGUCGGGAUAUCACCACCCAGUACCAUCAUUUCCAGACGACCUUCUCUGCCGACCUGAACAGCAUAGAAGCUGUAGCCCAGGAGUACGCGCACAAGGGCGAACAGAUACUCAAGGAUGCGGGCGUGCGGGGCGAGGCGUUGUAUAAGGAAACGAAAGACUUUUUGAAAGAAGCAGUCAGGAACGUGCCGAACGACCCAGCUUAUGCAGAGGGAAUGGUCUGGGACGGGACGGAUCUAUGGCAGCUGCCUGGGUUGAGUGCCAGCAUGAACAAUGGGGAGAGGAGGGAGGAGAUUUUUUCUGCCUCCUCCCAAGCGGGCCCGAGCGCGGCGCGCUCCUCGGGGGAUAUGAAGGUGCCAACGACGAGAGCGGAAGUGCUUCUUGCCCAGCUUAGGAGAACCCCGGGCGUGCUGAGGGUUGACCCUACCGCGGAGCCGAGGAGCGCGGCAGAGUGGGAGAGCUGGGGAACGGAACAUUGGAACGAGGAUUGGAAGGAGAAGGUCGAGGGCCAGGAGACAGGGGAGCUCAAAGAAACGAAGGACUCCUUGGUGCCCGGAGAACUGGACGAAGAGACGUUCUGGAAGCGCUACUUCUUCCGAGUGUAUCAGAUUGAGCGCGAUGAGGAGAGGCGGAAGGCUCUUCUCAAUGACGCUGCCACCACACAGAAAGAAGAGGAAAUUGGCUGGGACGAUGAUGAAGAACCUUCCACCAACGCUCUGACGACCGUUGCUGCAGCAGCCGCGUCCACCGCGACCCUCACCCUCCCCGAGAGCACCGUCACCCCUCGCCCAUCCUCCUCCUUCGAAGCGGCGCCUGCACCCCCAUCUGGGACAAGCACACCAGCAGGCGCGGGCGUCAUCGCCCUCUCCUCUGGCGCGCCUUCCCCCCGUCAGAGCAGCGACGACAGCUUCGACGUUGUCGGUACCGACAGCGCUACUGGCACAGAUGCGGGUGUAGGGAAGGCUAAGGAGAGCAAGAAGGAAGAGAAGGAGGAUAGCGAGGAUAGCGAUUGGGAGUGAGCGGGGAUGGGGACGUUCUGAGAUGGAAAGGACUGUACAUUAGAGGAACUUUGAUUUCCAUGUUAUUAUUAGUUCGAUCAU